CCAUUAAAUAAACCUCACAGAAACCACGCACAGAGAAAAAUAUUAGUCGGCGCAGUUUCGACAUAUAUAAUCACAAAAUCUCAUUUUUAUCAGUCCAAAGAAUAAGAAAAACAUGAAGGGAGCAGUGGAAAAUGAAGGAGAAGAAUUUAAAGGGGUGGUUAGUCUUGAACUACUGAAGAAAAAAAUGGCUGAUUUUGCAAAAGAAAGAGAGUGGGAUCAAUUCCAUACUCCAAGGAAUCUCCUUUUAGCACUGGUGGGUGAAGUUGGAGAAUUGUCUGAAAUAUUUCAGUGGAAAGGUGAGGUCCCAAAAGGGCUACCAAAUUGGGAAGAUAAAGAGAAGCAGCAUUUAGGUGAAGAGCUCUCAGAUGUAUUGCUUUAUCUUGUCAGGCUUUCAGAUAUCUGUGGCAUUGAUCUUGGUAAAGCUGCACUCAGAAAACUUGAGCUUAAUGCCAUUAAAUACCCUGUUAGCCUUUCUAAAGGUUCAUCCAAAAAGAGUACUACUCUUUUGUGCAAAAGUACAACAACAACCUCCACCAACAUCAACAUCAGCAAUGAGAGUGAAAAUGCUGUGACUGAUGAUGCUGCAUGAUCUUCUCUAAUUUCUUUUGUGUAUUGGGGUCUUUUACUUCUUUUUUUUCUUUUUGAAUGGAAGCAUUGGCGUAACUGGUAAAGUUGCUGCCGUUUAACCAAGAAGUCAUGGGUUUGUGCCGUAGAAACAACUUUUUGCAUAAAUGCAAGGUAAAACUCCGUAUAAUAGACUUUUGUGGUCCGGCGCACAUCGCUGGUGCUUAGUGCACCAGGCUGCCCAAUAUUGGGGUCUCUUUUUUUAGUUCUUUUUUAGUUCCUUAAACUUGUUAUGACACUUACUAGUUUUGGUUACUAAAGUGGGAUAAAAGUGUUGAUAUGAGGUGACAAGAAACUAAUUUGGUUUUUGCCUUGUGCAUGUUCCUUUUGUCUCCUGGUUAAUACUAUAUUUUCUCAGACAAAUGUGUUGAGAUUUGUGUAAUAGUAGUACUAAUGUAGUUAGUUUUAUGCUUUA